AUGGAGAAGGCGAUCGAUCGGCAACGGGUCCUCCUGGCGCACCUCCUCCCUUCCGCGUCCCCCUCCGCCUCUUCCUCCUCGCAGCCUCAGCUUGAGGCAUCGGCGUGCGCGGCCGGGGACAGCGCCGCGUACCAGAGGACCUCCUCCUUCGGGGACGAUGUCGUCGUCGUCGCUGCGUACCGGACGCCGAUAUGCAAGGCCAAGCGAGGAGGCUUCAAGGACACCUACCCAGAGGACCUCCUCACUGUUGUUCUCAAGGCUGUUCUGGACAACACUAGAAUCAAUCCAGCUGACAUUGGUGACAUCGUGGUUGGUACGGUGCUCGGUCCUGGUUCCCAGCGUGCGAUCGAGUGCAGGACGGCUGCGUUGUUUGCUGGAUUCCCUGAAACCGUUCCUGUUAGAACUGUCAAUCGCCAGUGUUCAUCUGGGCUACAGGCAGUAGCUGACGUCGCGGCUGCUAUAAAGUCUGGUUACUAUGACAUAGGGAUUGGUGCUGGUUUGGAAUCCAUGUCCAUAAAUUCCAUGGGUUGGGAAGGACAAGUUAACCCAAAAAUAACUGCACUCCAGAAAGCACAGGAUUGUCUUCUGCCCAUGGGAAUUACUUCUGAAAAUGUCGCCCAUCGAUAUGGUGUAACCAGGCAAGAGCAAGACCAGGCCGCUGCUGAGUCUCAUAGGAGAGCUGCUGCAGCCACGGCCUCUGGAAAAUUCAAGGAUGAGAUCGUCCCCGUGCCAACAAAGAUUGUUGAUCCUAAAACUGGAGAGGAGAAGAAAGUUGUGAUAUCAGUUGAUGAUGGGAUUAGGCCAGGGGCCACAGCAUCCGGAUUGGCAAAACUUAAACCAGUUUUUAAAAAGGAUGGGACUACAACUGCAGGCAAUUCUAGUCAAGUGAGUGAUGGUGCUGGAGCUGUUCUUCUCAUGAAAAGAUCUGUGGCUCUGAAGAAAGGGCUUCCUAUUCUUGGUGUUUUCAGGAGCUUUGCCGCUGUUGGAGUGGAUCCAGCUGUUAUGGGCGUUGGUCCUGCUGUGGCCAUUCCUGCUGCAGUGAAGUCUGCUGGCCUUGAGAUUGGAGACAUUGAUCUGUUUGAAUUGAAUGAGGCCUUUGCCUCUCAAUUUGUUUAUUGCUGCAACAAGUUGGGGCUGGACCGUUCCAAAGUAAAUGUAAACGGAGGCGCAAUUGCCCUUGGACACCCUCUGGGUGCAACAGGUGCCCGGUGUGUGGCUACUCUUCUAAAUGAAAUGAAGCGCCGGGGCAGAGACUGCAGAUUUGGCGUUGUCACCAUGUGUAUCGGAUCUGGAAUGGGGGCAGCAGCUGUGUUUGAGCGGGGAGACGCUGUGGAUGGACUCUCCAACGUGAGGGACACCCAGGCGCAUAAUUUUCUGUCAAGGGAUGCAAAGUAG